GGUUUUAUUCAACCCCCCGCAGCACCCCAUCAACUCACUAAGGCAGGAAACGGAGUCAGAGCACACAACACACGCCGUUUACGUUCUACGUUGGCCCCACCUCCUCCUUCAUUUGGCUGCGUCAUCAUGGGUAACAGCAACUCCGCCAGCACCGCCGAGCCGCCGAAGGCGCCGACGUGCAAGAUCUGCUGCGCCUGUCCGCAGGAGCGCCGUGCGAGGGAUGAGUGCACCCUCCUGAAGAGCAUGGACGAGUGUUCGCAGGAGAUCGACGCAUUCUAUGCGUGUUUGCUGAAGGAGGGCUUUAGCGCCGCAGAGGUUGAUGCGCUGAAGCGGAACACCAAGAAAAUGUAG